GCUUGCGUGUGGCCAGUGAGAGAGAAAGAAUGAGCAGAAAGACCCUCUACGCGCACAUCUCUGAGUGUACCCGUCUGGGGAUGCGGUGCUCAGUCAGAUGGUAGUGGAGGAGAGAUCAGACAGCAUCGGAAUGGGCAUCCUGCCCCUCCAAAGCACAUCAUCUGCUUACUGAGCGUUCGCAGGACACCAGAGGAGAUAAAAGGGAGCUGAGGACCGAAAGGAUGUUUUCUCUGUUGUGGAGGGUCCUGUUGGAGCUUUUAUUGGUUUGGUGGAUGUUUGAAGGGGUCAUCAGGUGUGUGUUUAGUAAAGAGCUAAAAUCUCCCAGCACCAGGGUAAAGCCCAUGUCUCCAUCCGAUUUCCUGGAUAAACUAAUGGGAAAGACAUCAGGAUAUGAUGCUCGGAUCAGGCCUAACUUUAAAGGACCUCCUGUUAAUGUCACCUGCAACAUAUUCAUCAACAGCUUCGGCUCUGUCACAGAGACCACCAUGGACUACCGGCUGAAUGUUUUUCUACGGCAGCAGUGGAACGACCCACGGCUGGCAUAUAAAGAAUAUCCAGAUGAUUCUCUGGAUCUAGACCCAUCCAUGCUGGACUCCAUCUGGAAGCCAGAUCUGUUCUUUGCCAAUGAGAAAGGCGCCAACUUUCAUGAGGUCACCACGGACAACAAACUGCUGAGGAUUUUCCAGAAUGGAAAUGUGCUUUACAGCAUCAGGCUUACUUUGAUUCUUUCAUGUCCUAUGAAUCUGAAAAAUUUCCCAAUGGACAUACAGACCUGCACUAUGCAGUUAGAGAGCUUUGGCUACACUAUGAAUGAUCUGAUAUUUCAGUGGUUGGAUGACGGCCCAGUGCAAGUGGCUGAAGAUCUUGCGCUGCCCCAGUUUGUCCUAAAGGAGGAGAAAGACCUGGGAUACUGUACAAAACACUACAACACCGGUAAAUUCACCUGCAUAGAGGUAAAGUUUCAUCUGGAGAGGCAGAUGGGUUAUUACCUUAUCCAGAUGUACAUCCCCAGCCUAUUAACAGUCAUCCUGUCGUGGAUCUCCUUCUGGAUCAACAUGGAUGCUGCUCCGGCCCGUGUUGGGCUGGGCAUUACUACAGUUCUUACCAUGACAACACAGAGCUCUGGAUCCAGAGCAUCACUACCUAAGGUGUCCUACGUAAAGGCCAUUGACAUCUGGAUGGCAGUGUGCCUGCUGUUUGUCUUUGCUGCUUUGCUGGAGUACGCGGCUGUCAAUUUUGUUUCUCGACAACACAAAGAAUUUUUCAGACUCAGGAGAAAAUUGCGAGAGGAGCAGCGCUGCAGAGCUGCCUGUUGUCAAGCUGCAGGAGCAGAGAUGAAAAACAAAAGCAACAAUGUUUCAGGGAGCACACCGUGCAAAAAUGCACAACGCCACUGCUGCGCCUGUGUACGGGAAGAGCAGUUAGCUUUGCAUAGUCAGGACUUGUACUUUAUGGGAUACGGGAUUGACAGCUCUCUAUCUGGGGACGGGCCUCUCUCUGAGGCCGCCGCCUUGUUUGCAGGACUACCGCCUGGCCACGUGCUGUUCGACAUCCGCCGCCGUUUUGUGGAACGGGCAAAACGGAUCGACACUAUCUCACGAGCUGUAUUCCCUCUUAGCUUCCUUGUUUUUAAUGUCUUCUACUGGCUCACAUACAAAGUUCUUAGACACGAGGACAUUCAUGCUAACCUGCGACCCUAAGAUUGUGUGAACCCCAAACUUUUCCCUUUCCAGGAUCCUAUUUUGUGAGAUUACAGCAGGGGUAGGCAACAUCUGUCGGAGUGCCGAAGUCCUGCAGAGUUUAGCUCCAGUGCUAAUCAAGCACACAUGAACAACUAAUCAAGGUCUAAAGAGUCACCUGAAAACUACAGGUAGGUGAGGUUUUAUCAGGUUUGGAGCUAAAAUCUACAAGACAUCGGCACUCCAGGACCGACGUUGCCUACCCCUGACCUACAGUAUGUGUAUGAGAUUAGUGUACCUCCCCAUGUGUAGGACUAAAUCAAACUGGUUAAACAAAAGUGACACUCUCUCUGCAUGAGUGAGCAUAUAUGCAUGUGUUCAAGACCACAUUUAUACAACGAUCAAAAUCAAAAUUUAGGGGUGGUUUCCCAGACAGGGUUCAGAAGUUCUAGGUCAAAAUACCCUACAGAUAAUUUAUUAUAGUAUGUUAAAAUGUCCACAUUGUAGGUCUGACCCAAAAUGUGCUGUUUAUGGGUGUGUCCUUUUAAAUGCAAAUGAGCUGAUCUCUGCACUAAAUGUCAGUACCGUGGUUGGAUAGUGCAUAUUAAGAGGCGGUAUUAUCCCAUUCUGACAUCACAAGGGGAGCCAAAUUUCAACAACCUAUUUUUUCACAAGCCUGCAGAGAAUGGUUUACCAAACUAAGUUACUGGGUUGAUCUUUUUCACAUUUUCUAGGUUGAUAAAAGCACUGGGGACCCAAUUAUAACACUCAAACAUAGAGACAGAGCGCCGUUA